AUGGCAGCUCAACAAUCAGAUAAUGUUGCUCACGCUCUUUCUGGAGCUGGUGGGGGCAUUCUUUCUAUGGCUCUUACCUAUCCUCUUAUUACCCUCUCCACACGCGCUCAAGUCGAAUCAAGGCGUGCCGAUUCGGGAUUCCUCGACGCUGUAAAGCAUAUCAUUGAACGUGAAGGUAUCACAGGUCUUUAUGCAGGACUCGAUUCAGCACUAUUCGGAAUCAGUGUUACGAACUUUGUAUAUUACUACUGGUAUGAAUGGACUCGAUCCUGGUUUGAAAAGGCGGCGCUCAAGGCUGGCCGUGCUUCUAAAAGGCUUACAACAAUCGAAUCGAUGAUCGCGGGAGCAAUCGCAGGCUCAGCAACGGUAUUGCUCACAAAUCCUAUAUGGGUAGUCAACACGCGAAUGACUACGCGAAAGCGGAAUAAGGAGACGGAUAAGAGUCUUUUGCCUGGUUUCAAGGCACCAAAGGCACCUACGACGGUUGGCACAUUGCUUGCACUUAUCAGAGAUGAAGGUCCACAAGCGCUCUUCUCCGGAGUUGUGCCCGCAUUGGUACUUGUCAUGAACCCGAUAUUACAAUAUACAAUCUUCGAACAAUUAAAAAAUGCGAUUGAGAAAAAGAGAAGAGUCACGCCAACCGUGGCAUUCCUUCUUGGCGCAUUAGGGAAGCUCUUUGCUACCUCCAUCACAUACCCUUACAUCACAGUCAAAAGUCGCAUGCAUAUUGCAGGGAGAGAUGGAGGAAAAGAAAGUAUGAUUCAGGGUAUGAGAAGAAUCCUAAAGGAAGAGGGUUAUGCGGGGUUCUACAAAGGAAUUGCACCUAAAGUCUCACAGAGUGUCAUGACUGCUGCAUUCUUAUUCGCUUUCAAGGACGUUCUGUAUGAACAGACUAUCAGGCUAAGGAAAACCCUUCCUGCCAAACUCGCUGUGAAGUAA